AUGCAACAAGCUAAUAAAUAUACAUCUUCGACUUUAGUCAUAAAGCACUAUCAAAAACUUUCUAACUUAAGUUUUAUUGACCUUACCAAUAAUGAUAUUAGCGAGUUAGUUGAAAAAUAUUUUAUAUUUGAUAAUUACAGCCUUGAGUUCAAUAAUACACCCACAAUGCAAAUAGAGAAUGUGAAGUAUAAUAAAACAAACAAGCAUACAUUUAUAGAUUUACUGAUAAUUAUCUCAGAGGAUAUUCCUGAAAGCACAUGUUUUAAUAUGUAG